AUUUGGGACACACACAAAGUACUAAAGUCUAAAGGACAGAAGAGACAAGAGAGGACAAAACAAAAUGACCCCAUUAAAGACAAAGCAACCUAAGCUACAUACAUACAAAUCCCCACACACUCUCUCUCUCUCAUCAUAUACCCACAACAUUUAAAGGAGAGCCUUCUUCUCUUCUUUUCCUUUAAUUCCUUACACUCAAAUAAAGUCAGGCAUGGCUAAUAAUACUGUCCCAGACCUCUGCUUCAAGAAGCACUACUUGUCUUCAUCUUCAUCAUCCAAAGUUAUCAACAAUGAAGAAGAAGAAGAUGGAGAUGAACAAGAACAAGAAGAAGAAGAAGAAGUGAAAGUGGUGAAACCCAUAGUUUCAAACGCAGAAGAAGAUCAUGACCCAAAAAGGAGCAGGAGAAAGAGGCUACAAUCAUCAGUUGCAGUCUCCAGGCUCAUGAGAUCUGUCCUCGCCAUCCUGGCGAGGAACAGGAGAAUUAACAUGUUCUCCCAUCCUCGCCAGGAUGGCCGUCUGGGGACGCGGGUGGUGGUCGGGACCCUGUUCGGAUCCCGACACGGCCACGUCCACCUGUCCUUCCAGAAGGACCCCGCGUCCCCGCCUGUCUUCCUGGUGGAGCUGGCCACCCCGACGUCCGGCCUCGUCCGAGAAAUGGCGUCCGGCCUCGUCCGGGUCGCACUGGAGUGCGACAAGGACGAGGCCGGCGGCAGGGCGGGACCCGCGGGUCCCCUCCUGGACCGGCCGGGGCCGUGGCGGACGUACUGCAACGGGAGGAAGUGUGGGUUCGCGGCGCGGAGGGACGUCGGGGAGAAGGAGUGGGAGGUCCUGAAGGCGGUGGGGCCCAUCUCGAUGGGCGCCGGGGUGUUGCCGCCGAGUGGGAAUGGAGACGACGGUGGCGGCGGCGGCGGCGGGGGCGAGGUGAUGUACAUGAGAGCCAAGUUUGAGAGAGUUGUUGGGUCUAGAGAUUCUGAGGCGUUUUAUAUGGUGAAUCCAGAUAACAAUGCUGCUCCUGAACUCAGUAUUUACUUGCUCAGAGUCUGAUGAUGAUUUGAAACUAUGGAAACUCAACUUAGUAAUUUUUUUUUUCUAUCUGAGUAUUUCACUUUUUACAGUGUCUUAAUGGAA